AAAAUCAUACACGUUUUCAAAAGCAGGACACUGUGUUGUUUAUUUGCAGCCACAUCCUGCUGCAGAUAGUUUUGUAUUCUAAAUCUACUGCGGAUGCGUUCCAACACCAGAUCGCUUUGCACACUUAACCCACUUUAAUGCACACGUCGCAGAAGCGUCCGGAGGAGCGAGACUUGGUACCAGCUGAGUUUGUUCUGGCGCGACUCAGCGUUAGCUUGUAGCUUGUUAGCCUGCAGCUCAGCGAUGGCCGCGCACGGAGUUUCUUUCUGCUGACUCCAACCGGACUCGGUCUCCUUCAUCAUGGCGAGUGAACACACCGAGACCCACGCGGGGAACCGCGUGCAAAGUGCUCCUGCGACCGACGCGAACGAGCACGAUUACGCGCACACCGCGGACGGCGGCUUUGCUCCCGCAGAGGCGCCCCCGUCCUCCGGUGCCCCCGCGCCUCGCGGCGUCCACGUCAAGGCGGAGCCGGAGCCCUUCGUCUCCUCACCCGCGGAGCUGCCCGAACCCGCGGUGGGCGCGGAGGUGGACUGUCCCGGUGGAAGUGAAACGGAACCUCCGUCCCUAUCGCUGUCCCUAAGCGACGACGACCCCCCAAAGCCUCCAGUCACCGGAACUGCGAGCACCGCGCGCCGCGGCCGGCGACGUGUCAACCGGCCGGAGGACGUGAACUGCGCCGGCUGCAGGUCGGAGUUUGAGAAGCAGGGCCGCUGCUUCUGUCGCAGGGCGGUGUACACCUUCACCAACCCGGAGACCGUGCAGUGGGUGUUCCCGGACUCCGUGGUCAACGACAAGUCGUUCCUGUGCGAGACGUGCGCGCAGGUCGUGAGGAGCAGGUGCAAACGCAAACAUACCGGGAAGCGGUACAUCUGGUUGAAGCCGCCUGAAGUGAAGCAGUCACAGAAGAGAAAGAAAGGCCGCAGGAUGGGGAAGAAGAGCAAAGCAGCGCUGCUGGUGAGCAAGUCCUGCUACAAGGCUGCGUUCAAAAUGCUGUGGUCCGCGAAAGGCGCCCGUAAGCCCAUGAUGGAGUUCUGGAGUAAACAGCUGAAGGAGGAGAUGAAGGCGCUUUCGAGGCAGGCGGACAGUCCGUUCCAUCAGAAGGUGUCCAACAGGAAGCCGCUGACGUCGUUCCCCUGGCGCCGCUGCCUGACCUGGGCCCAGGACAAGGCUCCGCUCGUCACCACCUGCCUCCGCUCACUGUUCCCUGACAUCAACGCUCUCUCCAAAAGCAGCCACCAGGUGUCGGAGGAGCAGGCCCAGAUGUUACUAGAGCGUCGAACAGUGGUGACGCUCUCUGUCCCGCUCUUCACGAGAAACAUCUGGAAAAACAACUUCCUGCAGGCUGCUCUAGGCGCCGAGCUCCGCUUGCAAGGCUGUGCUGGUUCUGCCCUGGAUGCUCUCAACACUAUGGGACUCUGUCAAAACAAAGACACCGUCAGGUUACUGCUGCACAGGCUCCAGAACGGCGAGAAAACCACAUCACACAACAGACACCAGAGGAUGAUGAUGACACCAGAGCAGCUUAAAGGAGAAGCCUUGAUGGAUGGAGAGGACGAGGAAGAGGAUGUUGAGAAGGAAGAAGAGGAAGGAGAAGAUGAUGAGGAGGAAGAGGAGGAGGAGGAAGAAGAAGAAGAGGAGGAGGAAGAGGAGGAGGAGGAAAUGGCAGAAGAGGAGGAAGUGGAAGAGGAAGAGGUGCAGGAUGGAGUGCAAGAAGAUGAGGAGGAGGAGGAGGAUCAAGUAGCAGAGGAAGAAGAGAAGAGGAGAAAGAAGAAUGUUAAGAAGCAGAGGAAGGAGCAGAAGAGAAAGCAGAGUGGGAAACGAAAGGCAAACGAGAGAGAGGAAGACGAGGGUGAAGAGGGAUCAGUGCAGAAGAAGAAUAGGGUGGUAGUAGUGAGGCUCGGGCUCCUAAAGGGACACUCAGAGGUUGGACUGUCCGACCUGUCGGCUCCAUGAGACUGUGAAAACCCUGCUCAUAGACUAAACUGACCACAACCACACACAAGGCAGCAGGACAGACGCCCUGCUCAGCCUCUGUGUGUCAAAGCCUUCUGGGAUUUGUAGGAAGUCAGGACCUGUAGAGGACCACUGAUAAAAGCUUUACAUUUGGAGUUUGUGACAUUAAAAAGAAGUUUUACCCUUGUUUCAGAAUAACGUAGCAAUGAAACCCCAGCUCUUGCUUCAUCAGAAGAUUUGAUAAUUGCAAAAGUGAUGGUCUAAUGUAUUGCUGUUGCCCAAUUAAUUACUUGAAUACUUGUCCCACCCGAGAGUAAAAUCAAUAAAAUAUGUACAAAAAGGGAAAAUUAAAAACAAUUCACAAACGUUGCUAUUUAUCUGUCAAAACAUCUGUAUUACGUGAAUUAACUGGUUGCUGUCAGGCUGUAAAUUGGUUAAAGAUGUACUUACAUGG